AUGCACUUUUUGAAGUAUCUAACCUACUUAGCCAUUUGCGAAGCGCUAGUCGUUUCUGAAAAUACCAUUGAUUACGAUAGUGUUGAUGUUAUUAAUCUUGAAUUAGUUUCCAACGGCAUCUACUAUGCGCUAGGGAAUUUCUCAGGAAAACUCGCAGGUCCCAAGAUUCAGAUUGAUGGCCAGCUCUAUGUUAGUUUAGGAUACAAGGGCAUUAUCAAUAUUAACACAAUCCAUGUAGCAUCCUCCGGUCUAAUUUCGAUUGACUCCUUGGCGGCCGAGAAAAUAACGAGUCAGACGUUAAAGGUACCUUAUCUUGAAAACAAGGGACAGAUCUACUUGGGAUUGAGUCCACAAAAAGGUUUUCUGACGCCCUCGUUCAUUUUGACCACCAACAGCACCAUCACGAACUUCGGCUCUAUUAUCGCCUAUAGCACCUCCGAUACAAAUGGAUUAUUCGAUAUUCUUCUGACAAGUCCAGUCGAUUUUCAUAACGAAGGUGUUGUUUGUUUGAUCAAUGUGGCUGUUGGAAAUUAUUUCCAGUCUCUGUUUGGCUCGGGAUGUUUCAAUAUUGGUCCUAAAGCCAAAUACACUGUGACAUAUGCACUGUACGGAUACCACAUAAUAUUCUAUUUAUCCGACCCAUCGGCGCUGAUUUAUUUCCAGCCUACAGAGUUUGUUGGCGGAAAGCUGGUGUCUUACCAAGUGCUUGGAUUCAGCCAAGGCAAUAUCAUGAAAUUUGAAAGCAACAUUGUUCUGAUCGACUAUUACCAACAGACAGGAUAUUUUACCUUGAUAACCAAGAACUUGAACUAUAGCAUUCUCAUUGGUAUUGGCUAUGAUUUGUCACGAUUCUCUUACAAUGGCAGUCAGUUAUCAUACAGUUCAAACAGACCUUCGUAUCUGGUUCCUUCUGUUUGUCUAUGUCCAUCGGGCAUACCUCAAUUUCCCGGUUCACUGAUUAUUGGAUCUUUGGGACCUUCAAUCGGUUCUUCCAUCGGCUCAAUUAGUUCAGAUGUCUCCAGCAUUGGUGUUUCUACGGUUGUUCCAUCUGUUUCUAUUAAUACCAAGCUAUCAACUGGGUCGUGCUUCUCUAGCUGCUCCCAAACCAACACAGUUUUUACUUCCUCCUUGUCUUCUUCUGUGACUUCUGUCAACACUUCCUCUGCCUCGAUGAUGCUGAGCAUGAGUACAGUUACGGCAAAAUCCUCUGGCUCAAAUACAACGAUUACGCCCAGUUCCUCACCUCAAGUUUCACCCUUUGCCGAAACUUCUGCCUUUCCAAGUUCAACUCAAGAUUCGCCUACUAUUACUCUCACUUCGAACACAUUCGCAACUAUAUCUUCCGAGCAGAGCACAUCCAGCGAAUCAAUUGCAAGUACUUCACAAGGUGGAUCAGGGCAAGUCUUCGGCGCUGCAGCUACAAUGGACAUUUGCAAGUUGUGCCUUCUUCUUCCGCUUGUCGCUUUUGUGUAA